CAAAAAGAAAAAGAUGUCUUAAUCUUGAACUCCCAAAGAAAAAACAUAAACAUAAAAAAAUUAAAAACCCUCGGCUCCCUCGACCAAGGCGCAGCGCAUCAAGUGGGCCGUCCGCACCGUGGCCACGCUCCUCUUCCUCGCCCUGUGCUUCAUCCUCUGGCGCGUCCAUUCCAGAUGGGGUACCGCGCGCCUGGACGUCAGCGGCAACUACUGGAUCCGCUGACGCGGGUCCCCGCCCUGCCGCCCGCGAGCGCGCAUUUCUCCUCCUCAUUCCUACGCCUCCUCCUACUUCUCUGUUGUUUUUCGGUCCGAGCCGAUGCAAUGCGAUGCGAUGCGAUGCGAUGCGAUGCGAUGCGAUGCGAUGCGAUGCGAUGCGACGCGAGUCCGAUGCGACGCGCUCUUUUCUCGCUUUUCUCCCCGCCUUCUCUGGUACGGCUGCGACCACCGAUACCGCCAAUUUCAGUCCCUUACUGCCGAACGCAGCAGCAAGGUCUGAAAACAAAAUCAAAGCGACAUCAGUGGUUGGGUGCCGUAUGCACAAGGUUCAUGCGCAGAGUGCGUGCUUGAUGUGGUUUGUUUUGGCUUUUCUUGGCUUUUUUUGCUUGGCUUUUUUUGCUUGUUUUUGGGGGUGGGGCGGGCGAUCUCCCGCGCGCGGGUGACAUGGGAAUGUGGAUUCGGGCUUGGGAUUGAUUGACGACGAUGCGAAAACGAAAGUUUGUUUUCUCCGGCUAGGCGGCGCGCGCGCGACAACGUGUCGGUGUAUG